GUUUUAAGCGAUCGCGCAGCGAAGGCGCUCUCUGCCGGCGACCUCCGUAAUUUUACAACACGACAUUUCCCGGUGCUAGUGUAGUGCUAAGCUAAACUCGUUUUCAUCCGCUGGAUAUCCGUAUGCGUGCAUUACGUACGGCAACAGGACAGUCGCGGCCGCCGGUCCACUGUGCAGGGUCGUGCUAAGGUGUAGUCAUGAGACAUUCUGUGAAUUAUUCUAAAUGGUAAUAAGUGUUUAUGUAAUAAUGUCAUAUGUGCGUCGAAUGUGAUGUGCGCGUGUUGUGUAAUGAACAGUGAAACGCGCCUAAACUGAGUAACCACGUGGCAAUGAAAAGAGAAAAGUACAAGACCUUCAUUGAAAACAGGCUGGGGGAGCGAUGAAGGGGUGGUUUGACGCGUUCCGCGAGGAAGGCGGCCCUACCUUAUACGCCUAUCACAACAGGACGGCGGUGGCAGCAGACGUGCCUGCACUAGCACUGCUGCUCGCCGCCCUGACUCUCUACCUCGCCUUCCUUGUCGUGUUCCCUGGAAUCAGAAAAGAGAGAUUUUCCACGUUCACGGUAGUCACGCUCAGCUUAUUUGUCGGGACAGUUAUCUUAGUAUGUAAGCACGGAUCGUCAUGGCACAUAGCAGGGGCGCGCGUGGCGAGAGCUGCAUACCGCGCCUUCUCCUCUGAGCGGCUUGAUUGCUGGUUAGCAAUACACGUGGGACUGGGACAUGUUAACGUCACGCUCACAGCGCUGUCUUGGGGAAACACAACUAUAGGUGACCCUGGUGUUGACUACAAUGAGCAGUUCCGAUGGGAAGAAGCCGGUGCAAUACAGGAGUGGUAUCGCGCAGGGCUUACCCGUGGCCUUCCAUACCCAGUGCUAUCGGUAGCAGAGCAUUUUGCUGUUCAGCAUGAAGGCUUCGAGUGGGGAGCUAAGUACCGCGCAGCCGGAUACACUACGUCAACAUUGCUCUGGACAGCAUUAGCACUAUGGCUUCUAAUGAAUCUGCUCCUAGUGGUUGUCCCUCGCUAUGGUGCAUACGCAAUGGCGAUCCUCGGUGUGACAUUGUGCGCUGCUGCGGGCGGCUACUGGGCCUCUCUGCCAAACGCUCCCUUAGUAGUCAGAUUAGACGGAGCGAUGCUGUUCUUCUCGCUCGGCUGGUGCUUCUGGCUAGUCCUAAUAGCAGGUAGCGCUUGUGUACUAGUUGGGAUGGUGAUAGCGAUGCUGGAUCUAAUAUGGCCGCAUCGUUUCUCGACUGUUCUGGAGGUGGACUACGACACUCCUUACGACAGGCACGUGCUAAUUGUCGACAGUCGACAACGAGCGAGACCUCAAACUCAAGCUUCGUUGCCUACUAGAAUUUUAAGAAGAUUGUCGUCAAAAACCCGUGAAAACGAAGCACAAGCCAGUUUGUCGGUUGUAAAUGAACGGGGACGGGACAACCCUGCUUUUAGACAUGAACAGCGAAAACCUAACUCUCCGUGGAGGUACCCGCUCUUUAGGCGACAGAUAGACAGAGCGGACUCAGCAUCGAGUCUCGGUUCUAGUGUAAACGGGAACAGUUCCGGAAUAAAAAUGUCACCGCUCGCGGGCGAUCACCCCGCGCCAUCAGCCGCCAUCCCUCCACAUAGGUUCCGCCCGCAAAUUCCGGCGGCGGAGCGAGUGAAAGACAUGUGGUGAUUAACAAUCGGCACUAGGAUUAAUUACAUAUUUAACUCACUGAUAAUCGUGUAAAAAUAUUUUUUGAUGUUUUAGUAAGCACGUGAAUAACACGGACUAGACGAUUUACCAAAAUACUAAAAAAGCUUUGAUAUCGGUCGAAGCAAUGGCUUUCCAAUCAAAGCUAUUGUAAUAUUAAGCUCUUGCUUCGCAACAUCGUUCCUUUAGUUUGGUGAACAUUCAUCGUCUGCAAAUUUGUAUUGAUUCGAAUAUUUUCAAAAUAAUAAUACCGUUUUGCGUGACUCUGAUAGCUCCUACACUUUAUUUAAAUGUAAAUGCUGUCAAUCAAAUUCUGUCGUAUAAUGAAUUUUUAAGUGUGCUCCUUCUAAAUAUAAAGGAAAGAAAAUAAAUUUAACAAAUGUUUUAGUUACUGAUCUCUAUGACAGAAUGUAAGUAGAUAGUUAUUAAAAAUUAAAAAUUCACAUCGUGUACACGUUUGUAAGUAUAUAUAAUGUGUGUAAAUAUGUAAAUUUUAAUAUAAACUAUGUAACUAAACAUUCAGUGUCAUAAACUUUAUAAUAAACUUAAGAAUAUUGUUAUGUGUGCGUUAAUUCGAAUUUAGUCUCAAUUUUACACCGAAAUAAAUAAGAAUUGUUAAAACAAAAACUAAAUUAUGAACGUUAUCAAAGACGAUUACUGCAUAACCGUUAUUUUUUCUUCAAAGUUAAAUAGCCGAGUACUAUUUUCUCAUUUGAUGUUUUCUAUCUUAACUCUAAUACACAAAUUCACUUAAACAUUAACUGAAUAUUAAAGAAUAAAAAUAGUUUAUGUAAUUGUAACUCACUUAUAUAUAUAUCUGUUAAGUAAACCAUGAAAAUCAUCAUGUAAGUCUUGAAAUUGACGGAAAUAUACAUAUAUAUUUCUGUACAAUGUUUAUACCAUAAACUGAAACAUAAUUAAUUGUAUUUGUGUUUUCAGCAGACUAUAGUUCCAACAUUAAUAAAUAAUAUUGCAUAAUCUUAUGAAAUAAAACAAAUGAUAUCUGCAUAUAAUUAAAAUACAUUGACACAAAUGAAUGCUUUGUGCCAUUAUAACCUUAAUUAUGAUGUGAUCAAAAUCUUAGAUUAAGACAACUGCACACUUCAUUGUUAUAA